UCUUAUUCUCAUCAUUACUCCUCAGACUUACUGUUAACUUCCAGCAAAAAGCAAAACCAAAGACGUCUCCUGGAAUUAACAGCAGCAAUGUAGACAUGUGCUUCUCAAUUUCAUUUUGACCAUGUGAGAAAGUUUCCUAUUGAUGUAUUUUAACGCAAGAGCUUCAGUUAAUCAUGAAAACCCUAUCAACGGUGUGGUUUUUAUUAUUUAUUAGAGCUGAUGCGAAUAAAUAGUUGAAACAAUAUAAAAUAUAAUGAAAUACUUUGUUAACUCGGUGGAAACUGACAGGGGGCUUCUUUAAAAAGUGCACGUCUGGAUUUUUCUUAAAUAAUUUUGAAACUGUGCUGGAGUGUCUGUGUGUGCUCUUUUACGCCUGCUCCUGUGUACAAACCCAGCAGGAAAUACAUGAGCAGUGAACAUCAUCUCUUUCUCAUAAGGCUAAAUGUAGAGACAGGGUCGAGCAAUCAACCGUGGGCUUUUUUACCCACUCUUCUUUUUUUUACACUGUCCAACCAACAGGAACAAAGAGAUGCAAGUCUUGCUUCUAUUUCUUCACAGGCCUUGUAGAAAUAGUAAAGGGGAGGUUGGGGGGGCUCUUUUAUUAGCAUCGAGAGCAUCUGAAAAAGUUAAAAUUGUCUCACAAACGGUCAGAUAAAAUGUGACACAAUGAAUAACGUUUUCCUUCAUCAUGAGCACAGAAAAGCAUCCUGAAUUCACAUCCUCAGAGGCAGACGGGAUGGAUGUUGCAGAUGUGAAGUCGCAGGAGGAGGAAGAAGAGAAGGAGGACAGCUCAUUUAGUGAAAAUGGAAUUCAGUCCGCUGAAGGUGUCGCAGAUCCACGUGUGAUAAAGUCCGAGGCUGAGGAGAUGGAAGAUAACGAGCAGCUUCUCAAGGCUGAAAAAGACCAAGAGAUUGUGCCUAAAGAGGAAGCAGAGGGAGGCAGUGAGGACGGGAUGGAGGAAGGUUUUGAUGAGGAGAGGACAGAGGAAGAGAAUGAUGAGGAGAGGGACAUGGAAGGGGAUGAAGAGGGAGAUGGCCUGAGUGAGCCGCAGGACCUGUCGCUGGUGGACUACUCGCGUUACGACAGCGCGGCCCUCCCCGACGCCAGCGCAGCGGCGUCUGCCGCCAACGCGGAAGGCGCUUACGCACCUGGAGCCGGGCCGCCUCGCAUCCAACCAACAGGCAAGCUCAGCUGUGACAUCUGCGGCUUGUCCUGCAUCAGCAUUAACGUACUGCUGGUGCACAAGCGCAGCCACACGGGCGAGAGGCCAUUCCACUGCACUCAGUGUGGGGCCUCCUUCACCCAGAAGGGAAACCUGCUUCGCCACAUCAAACUGCACUCCGGGGAGAAGCCUUUCAAAUGCCCGAUGUGCAGCUACGCCUGCCGGCGACGUGACGCUCUGAGCGGGCACCUGCGCACCCACUCUGUAGAGAAGCCCUUCAAGUGCAACCAUUGCAGUCGCAGCUACAAGCAGCGCAGCUCGCUGGAGGAGCACCGAGAGAGGUGCCAUGUGUACAUUCAGAGCAAAGGUCCCGCCGAGAGAGAGGACAGUCACACAUCCAGGACUCAGAUGGGUACUGAGCGUGCGCUGCUGCUCGACAGGCUCGCCAGCAACGUAGCCAAGCGGAAGAGUUCAAUGCCACAGAAGUUUACAGGCGACAACGGCGUGUGCCUGGACCUGAGCUUUAACAGGGAUCUGGUCCACCGAACCGAUGUCAAGGAUCCUCCGUCGGACUCCCCGGGGCCAGACGCCCAUCACCAGCAACAACCGAUCCACCCAGGCCCCAAUGGUGACCAACCGCCUUCCCACAGGCCCUACCCCAUCUCGUUAGCCCGUGGCGACAUCACUCCCAUGGGCCUCACCAAUGGCCACAAGAUGGCCAUGCCGCUCCUGGGAAUCCCUCACGCCUCCCAGCCUCCCCUUGGCAUGGACUCUUACCACAAUGACAACACCCAGAUAUCCCAGCCUGUCAUGUACAGCUUAGGCCACCUGCUUGGGGGGCUGAAUUCCCAGAACGGCAUGCCUCACCCACACGCCCAGCCCAUCCCCCUGUCGCCUCUUGAGGCUUUGCGAGUGAUGCGAGCUGACGGGGAGACCGUGCCCGGGGCCGUGUACCCCUGUGGCCACUGCAGGGUGAUCUUCCUGGACUAUGUCAUGUUCACCAUCCACAUGGGGUGCCACGGCUUCCGCGAUCCGCUCGAGUGUAACGUGUGUGGCCACCGCAGUCGGGACCGUUACGAGUUUUCUUCCCACAUAGCCCGUGGCGAGCACCGCCUAGAGUUGAAGUAGACUGCAGGCACAACACCAGCACUGCAUGAGAAAAACAGCAGAUUAACUCAUAUAAGUAGUGUCAGAAAUGAAUUCAUGAAGUAGCUAUCACUUUCUGCCUGUGUGUGUGUGUGUGUGUGUGUGUGUGUGUGUGUGUGUGUGUGUGUGUGUGUGUGUGUGUGUGUGUGUGUGUGGGUGGGUGGGUGUGUGUGUUGGAGAGGGAGACGUUAUACGAGUGUAACGGGUUUCAGGGUGUUUUUAGUCAUACUGUAGUCAUCUGAAAAGAUGGCCUGUAAAAUGUUAAUGCAGGAGCACUUCUACCUCCUUUUUCAUGCAUAUAUUUGUACUUAAUGGUCCCUGCUGUAGCCGCUGUGUAUAUCCUAAUCCUCAGUUCCAUAUGUUAAUUCAAAUGUUCCAAAAAUAUGAGCACUUAUUACAUUUAUUGUGUAAAUGCUUUUGUUUUUUAUCAGUGUAAAGAUGUAAGUAAUAAAAGACAGCUCUUCCUUUGUCACACACAAGUUGCACCACGCCGAAAGACUUUUAGCUUCUCUGACAAACACUUGGCAAUUCAAGACUGCAGAAAAAAAAAAAUCCUAUUAUCUCGAAGGUCACAUGUCUCUUUUUUUCUCAGCUGUGGUUUUCUGAGUGUAGUUCACGGCUUCAAAGGACACAUCACUCUGCUUCUCACUCCAGAUAUUGUACUCAUUUAGCGCUCCCCACAAGUUGCUUCACAGUUUUUCACAAGACUUUUAGUCACACAAAACACACAGUGUUCAAUUACAUUUCUCACUUCUGUUUGAUUUAUACAGCACCGGUUCCCUUCACACUGUGCAGAAAAGGCCGUACAGUGAGACAGAGGUUCCAUCAUUACAUUUAACCCUUGAAAGUACAAAACUGCACUACAUGUAUGGAGGACAGAGGUAAAGGAGAUCGAACAAGGUGGAUAAAAAUUCAGUAUAAAGUCAAGCUAAAGGCCUCAAAAUACGUGUGGCAGCAGAUGAAAUCUUCUAGGUUCCAUUAAAUCAGGAGGGAAAAAGAGACUGAUCACUUUGUUCCAUGCAGUACGUGUUGACAGAUUCUGAAAAUGAUGAAAUGUAUGGCUGGCUGAAGCUGCCAAAGUUAAAAUAAAUACAUAUGUAAGUAAAUGGCUCAAUUAAUGUGGUGAAUGUGUUGAAAAUAAAUGUAGGCCUUUCUUAUUUUGGGGACUGCACAACACAACCCAAUAUUUCUAUUUUAAUUUGCUUCUGAAUGUUUUUUUUAUAUAAUUUCUAAAAGUAUUUCUGUAUAUUUUCUUUCGCCUUCCUGUUUAUGUCCUCAUUUAUUUCUAGAUUUUCUUUCACGAUGGAUGCCAGAGCUACACCAGAGUCUGCAGUUAGGAACAGCUAGAGAACUGACGGUCUGAGCUAAUCCAGCUCCUUGUAUUGUUUAGGAUCAUUUGGGAAGUAAACCCUUUGCUCAUUUCACUAAAUGUAUUAAAGAGAUUCUGGUGCAUUGAUGCAGAAUCAGCCACGAUCAAAACAUAGCGUAAAGAAGCAAACAUGACAUCAGGACUUUUAAGCAAAUGUAGAUGUUCGCUUAAAAAAAACACCUACAAAUGCUCGUCUCCUCUAUCUGAAGUUUUCACGCCGUUUGUAAUUAUUUUGUUAAUUAUCUUUGAUUUUGGCAGUUUUGGCCCUCCAUCCAUGGAUGGAGGGGAGAUGGUGGUGUUUGUAACGGGAUCAUCGCAGGAUUUAAUCUGACUCCAUCUUGAGAAAAUACAAAAACGAGUCGCAUGUCUCUUCACAUAUGUGUCGUCUAUGUGGCGAAUGUGUCAUACGUGGUCUUCUGUGCGUGUAGCUUCUAUGUGAAAGUGGUUUUGUUGGACAGAGGGUGAAGGGGAUUUCAAGCAAAGUGAACAAUAGUUUAAUUUUACAUUUUUUGGGCCAGAAAAGAAUGAGAGAAUAUGCAAAUUU